AUGUCUGAGCUCACUCGUACCUUGCCUGCUUCCUGGUAUUGUAGCCAGCCGCUCUAUCAGAUGGAGCGGCGGGCGGUCUUUCUCAAAUCCUGGUACUUGCUUGGCCCAGUCACUCGAUUCCAGAUUGUUGGCGAGCAUGUUCCGUAUGAAGUUGCGCAACAGCCUGUCUCUGCCGUUCGCACCUCAGGGGUGGCCUUGAACCCCGUCGCUGAGGAGCUGAAGGUUGUCUGCGCGAAAACGGGCAAAGAAUUGCGUAGUCAUCUCACCCCAACCGGACUACUGUUCUCAACUAUCUCCGACGAUGCUCCCAGUUUCCAUGAAUUCUUCCCAGAGCUUGAGGAGCUGCUCGGCAAAGUUGACUUCACUAAGCUGCCGCACCGUCGUAGCAUCAGCUAUGAAGGCCGAUUCAACUGGAAGACCAUGGUCGACGGAUAUCAAGAAUGUCUACACUGCCAAUACACCCACCCAUCCUUCUCCAAAUACUACCCGCCAACCUUCUACACCGUACGCAACAAGCACAAUUUCUCACAGCAUAUCGCAGACCCGAACAAGCCAGAUGAUGGUUUAUUCUUGUACUUUUUUCCCAACUGCACACUGAACGUCUAUGGCGGUGGCAUGUCCUCCUUCAGAGUAUGUCCGACCGCUGACCCGCAUGUCACCCGGAUGGAAUUCGAUUACUUCCAUCUUGAAUCCGGAGACAAGUUUGAAGAAUACUUCAAAUUUGUGCGUCAAGUUGCCAUGGAAGACUUUGAGCUCUGCGAGAAGGCCCAGAGUAAUCUAGCCAAGGGGGUCUAUCACGAGGGAAUUCUGAACCCAAACAAGGAGAACGGCGUGUCUUAUUACCAGAGACGGGUAUUUGAUAUGGUCUGCGAACAGCAUGAGUUGGACAGGACCGCUAAGACAGCGAAGGAAUCUGGAAUGGAGCAGCAUGUUGCCCCCUCCAUGGCUCAGAUGGCAGCGUAA